AUGGCUUUGCCAAUGAAGAAGACCGCCAUGAAGAAGGCUAUGAAGGCCAACCCCAUGAAGGCCAUGGCCAAGAAGGGAAUGAAGGUGAUGAAGAAGAAGACUAUCAGCAAAAUUGCCCGCGGCAAGCUGGCGAAGAUGGUGGUCUUCAAGGGCCGCAAGGAGAAGACGGCCACAGGACUCCAGAAGGUGCACCUGAUGAAGAACAAACGUGGCAAGGUGGUUUCCAAGAAGCAGCAUGCCAGGGGCAAGGAGUUCCAGAAGUCCGGCAAACUCUGGCUCGACGCAGUCCUGACUGCCAGGAAGGAGCUGGGCCUGAAGGGCUUCUGCCCCGUCGGUGGGAAGAGUGCUCAGGGCAAGGCCUUGUACGCCAAAGCCAAGGCGCUUUACGCGGCCUGA